GAAAGCAAUAUAAAUUAUCUGAAGAGAACAUUUUUUUAAGUAAUUCUAAUUUUUUAGACGUUGUAAAAGGAACAUUGUAAACACUAAACAUUACACAGGUAAAAUACAAUCUAGAAAAUACAAACUGGGGGACAAUUGUUGUUUCUCACAGUAAAAAAAAAUGAUAUACUGUAUCAGUCUCAGUAAACAACUGCUGUUUCCUGUGUGUAUUUUUCUUGUUUUUUUCCCCAUGAGUGCCCAACACCCUCCCUAUGAACAAAUCUCAAUCAGUCCACAGCACUCAUCCUGCAACACACCAUAUCCUCCUAUUCCUCUUUUUCCUCCACCCUCUGGCUUGGAAACAUAAUGUGAUCAGCAUGCCAUUGGAGGCUUAUCCAAUGAAAAGGAGGCCUUGUUCUUACCUUACCCUGCAGGAUUCAGACACACCAGGAUAGACUCCAGAUUGAUCCAUUUUGUCUGAUGACAAAGACCUGUCUGCAUCUUUACCUCCACAAUGGUUGUUCCUGAAUCUCAGGGCAAAAUGUAUCACCCUCCUCUUGAGCUACAGAGGGAUGCUCAUGUGCCUGAUUUCAGCUCCUAUCUGGUUAUGUACAAGAGGUCGCUGGAGAAUCCAGAAGCAUUCUGGAAGGAGGUUGCACAUGAAUUUUUCUGGAAGAAGCCAGCAACUGGUCCAAUGCUACAGUACAACUUUGACGUGACAAAAGGCAACAUAUUUGUCAAAUGCAUGGAAGGAGCCAAAACCAACAUAUGCUACAAUGUCUUGGACAGGCAUGUGAGGGAGGGGAACCUCGGGGAAAAGGUUGCCUAUUACUGGGAGGGGAACUUGCCUGAACAUCAUACGACUAUCACCUAUGGCCAACUGCUGAGCCACUCAUGCCGCUGUGCCAAUGUGCUCAAGCAAAUGGGAGUGAAAAAGGGAGACAGGGUGUCCAUCUACCUUCCCAUGAUCCCAGAGCUUGUCUACACCGUGCUGGCAUGUGCAAGGAUAGGGGCUGUUCACUCUGUUGUGUUUGCAGGAUUCUCCUCAGAGUCUCUGUGUGAGAGAAUUAUGGAUGCCAAAAGCAGCGUUCUGGUCACAGCAGAUGGUGUUUACAGAGGAGACAAACUGAUCAACCUGAAGGAGAUCUCGGACGAAGCGCUGGAGAAGUGUGUGGAAAAAGGGGCGUCAAGUGUCGCCAGGUGCCUGGUUAUCAAGCACCAAGCUCUCACGACGAAAACUGGAGCUUCAUGCAACAAACUACAGACCCCCUGGGACUCGGAACGAGAUGUGUGGUGGGACGAGGCGAUGAGCGACUGCUCUGAGGAGUGUGAACCUGAAUGGCUCGACGCCGAGGAUCCACUGUUCAUCCUCUACACCAGCGGCUCCACCGGCAAACCUAAAGGCGUUGUCCACACUGUUGCGGGGUAUCUGCUCUACACCUUCCUCACCUUCAAGUAUGUUUUUGAUUAUCAACACCAUGACGUGUACUGGUGCACGGCAGACAUCGGCUGGAUCACAGGCCACUCCUACAUCAUCUACGGCCCUCUUGCAAACGGCGCCACAAGCGUCCUGUUUGAGGGGAUUCCGGUCCACCCGCACGUUGGACGGUUCUGGGAGAUCAUAGAAAAGUACAAGGUGACCAAGUUUUACACCGCUCCCACAGCCAUCCGCCUGCUGAUGAAGUACGGACAAGAACCCCUGCAGAAGUAUGACCUCUCCAGCCUGAGGAUUCUGGGUACUGUAGGCGAGCCCAUCAACCCUGAGGCAUGGCAGUGGUUUUACGAGGUGGUCGGUCAGAGCAGAUGUCCUGUGGUCGAUACUUUCUGGCAGACUGAGACGGGAGGUCAUGUCCUGACACCUCUACCUGCAGCCACGCCUCUAAAACCAGGAUCUGCUACCUUUCCUUUCUUCGGAGUGGAGCCCACCAUCCUGAAUGAGCACGGAGAGGAAGUGGAAGGCGAGGCUGAGGGUUAUCUGGUUUUCAGAAAACCCUGGCCAGGACUAAUGCGCACAGUUUAUGAAAACCAUGAGCGCUUCGAAAACACCUACUUCAAGAAGUUCCCAGGCUUUUAUGUGACUGGUGACGGCGGCAGGCGGGAUAAAGACGGAUACUUCUGGAUCACAGGGAGGAUCGACGACAUGUUGAACGUGUCGGGCCAUCUUCUGAGCACGGCGGAGGUGGAGGCGGCGCUGACGCUGCACCCGGCCGUGUCGGAGGCCGCCGUGGUGAGCCGACCUCACACGGUGAAGGGAGAGAGCCUCUACUGCUUCGUCUCCCUCAAACACAGCAAGGAGUUCGACAAGAAGAUGGCGGAUGAGCUCAAGAGACUGGUUAGAGAGAAAAUUGGACCAAUCGCCACGCCAGACUUCAUUCAAAACGCCCCGGUGUUGCCAAAGACCCGCUCAGGAAAGAUAAUGAGGCGAAUCCUCCGGCAGAUCGCUCGCAAUGAGAAGGACCUGGGGGACCUCUCCACGCUGGCCGACCCUAAGGUGGUGGAGGUGUUGUUCAGCCAGAGGAGUGAAGCCGCUGCCUGAGGAAACAUCUUCAUCUCUUCUUCCUUCUGUGAUUAUGCAACAGUACUGAUGAAGACAAUCACAGCGGCUGGAUUUGUUUAAUCUACUCUGUUAUGGACAAAGUUGGGAUUGAACAAAGACAUUUAGAAACAGAAAAUAAUUUUGAAAACCAGAAAAGUUUGUUUUUUGUAGAUUUUUGGGCCAAAAUUUAGCAGAUUUUAAUUGAAGUGUAUUUUUUUGCUGAUGCUUUAUGUAUAUUACCACAAUGCAAAACAUUUCUAUGACCCGAUCAUAAUAAAGUGUGUCAUCCUUG